AUGGUAGUUUAAUGUUUUUGGGGUUCUCACAGAGGUCACUUCUCAAUAAAAUGAUUGUUGCGCGCUCGAGGACUGGAGAAGCUGCUGCUCGCGGACAUCGCGAAGCCGCAGGUUGCUCGAACGGCCGAUGAACGUCAGUCCGAUCCUGCUGCUACCGUUUCGCUGUAAUGGCAAAUCGAUCGAAGGCGCAGUUCAAAUUGCAACGAGGUGGUGUUGGUUUGCUCAGAACGAAGGUGACAGAUCAAGUUGUGAUGUGAUGUGAUGAUAUCUUGAGGCGUCGUUUGCUGAUAUACUCUCCAAGCUGCUCGUUUGCCGUUUAGAUUAGGAACCCAUGUCCCACCACUUCGAGCCUCUUCAAAACUUUGAUUGGCCGAGCAAUGCGUGGGCGUUGCUGGUACAGACAUUUCUGCUCUCAUCGCCAGCUCCGAGCGAGAAGAAGCAGAGAACCCAAGACGUGUUCCUCGGAGGAAACUUCACCGCCGGGAACGAACGAGUGGCAGCGACGCCCGACAACUGUAUCAGAAGACGGGGACGUGAGAAGAUGGAACAUGACCAUCACUGCCCACAUGCGUGACGGCCAGUGCGAGCUGGCUCUUCGCAUCUUUAACUCGAUGCCCCAUCGGAGUGUCGUCUCGUACAAUGCGAUGAUAACAGGGUACUGGCAGAAUGGCCAGUUGGGUCUUGCUAGAGAGAUGUUUGAUGAAAUGCCGGAGAGGGAUCUGGUUUCUUGGAAUUGUAUGAUUAGUGGGUACAUGAGGAAUGGAGAUGUUUCUGCUGCUGUCGCAUUGUUUCGUCAAAUGCCUGCGAGGGAUGUUGCUUCUUGGAACGCGAUGUUGUCGGGUUAUGCCCGAAAUGGACUGGUGGAUGAGGCGAGAGAGGUCUUUGACGAGAUGCCUUGCAAGAAUAAUAUAUCUUGGAACUCGUUGCUUGCUGCAUUUGUAGAGAAUGGUAGGAUGGAAGAAGCGCGUAAGCUUUUUGAGUUGAAGACGGAUUGGGAGGUGAUUCCUUCGAAUUAUCUGAUGGCUGGGUAUGUCAAGAGGAGGAUGUUGGUUGAUGCAAGACAGAUUUUUGAUCGGAUGCCUUUCAAAGAUGAAGUUUCCUGGAACACUAUGAUUGCAGGUUACGCACAGAAUGACAAGUUGUCAGAAGCAACAAGAUUGUUUGAUGCCUCACCAGCUCGGGAUGUAUUUGCAUGGACAGCUUUAAUGUCUGGAUUUGUGCAAAAGGGAAUGAUGGAUGAAGCAAAACGUAUCUUUGAUGCAAUGCCGGAAAAGAAUAGUGUCUCUUGGAAUGCUAUGAUUGCGGGGUAUGUGCAAUCAAAGGAAAUAGACAAAGCGAGACAGUUGUUUGAGGUGAUGCCUUGUCAAGACAUCACUUCUUGGAAUACAAUGAUCACGGGCUAUGCUCAGGGCGGUGACAUUUCCAAAGCUAGAUGCAUGUUUGAUCAGAUGCCUCAGCAUGAUUGCAUCUCUUGGGCUGCUAUUAUUUCUGGGUAUGCUCAAACUGGGCAUUUUGAAGAGGCUUUGCAGCUGCUUCUAGACAUGAACAGAUAUGGAGAAUGGCCAAACAGAUCAGCUUUGACUUGUUCUUUUAGUUCAUGUGCUGAAACUGGAGCCUUGAAAUUGGGAAAGCAAUUGCAUGGAUACCUGAUAAAGGCAGGAUACGAAUCUGGAUGUUUUGUGGCGAAUGCACUUCUUGCAAUGUACUGUAAGUGUGGAAAUAUUGAAGAUGCUUACAAUGUAUUUCAUGGUAUAGCAGACAAGGAUUCUGCCUCAUUGAAUACCAUGGUUGCUGGUUAUGCAAGGCAUGGACUUUUAAAGGAGGCUUUGAUUAUUUUUGAGUCAAUGAAGGCAGUGGUUAUUGAACCAAAUGCUGUCCCACCAUAAAUGAUGCCUUCUUUAUUCGAGUUUUUAGCUUCACCCUAGUACACCUUACAUCUUCAGAUGAAAAAGGGUAUUACGGUCAAUGUCGAAUGAACAAGGCUGUUUUUCAAAGUAAAACAAGUUAAAGCGAAUUGGUUGACACUACCAGGAUUCAAGCUCUUUGGGAUACCUAGAAUACUUGAUGGGGAGCAUAUAGGGUUGGCUUCUGUUGUGGACCUUACAUUGCAUCUCUAUUUUUGGUUCUUACUUUGUUAUCACUUGAACCCGAACCAUUACACACUUAAAACUAGAAAAGAACAACAGAUCAUCCCCUGCCCCCUUCAGACUCGACUCCUGCCAUGUUGAAUGAGGAGCUGACACACACAUUAUGUCCCUAUUCUUUGUCCUCUAAAAGGAUCCUGUUCUUAUAGAGGCUACAUGGCCUAUGAGGGGACACGUUUCUUGAUUUCCUGAAAGAUGAAAAAAUAAGAAGACAUUUAGAAAGAGAGGAAGGCUUGAAAGGAGGGGAAGAUGAGCCAUGAGGUAGCAGUUGAUAUGUAGAAGAUUUAUGCUGUUCAUUGAGAAAUUUUGGAGUAAUUUUGAAUCCUUUACUAUUGUAUGGCAUGGUCAACCAUUCUGAUAAGGUAACAUGUAUAUUCUUGGAAUUAUGAUCACUUAAGAGAUUUCAAGAUUUCUUA